AUGUCUCCUGAAGAGUGUCGCUGGCUCGAAGCACUUGCUCAUCAGCACAACACUUUUGACAGUAUGGACUAUGACAACGACAACACAGACUUCAAGAAUGUACUAGACGGCACUCACUCAAUUGACAUCAGCCAUGCAGGAGAUGAGUUUCAGGAUCUCGCAAGAGAGAUAUACAAAGACUUUGACCACAUUCAGCAGCAUGUCAAUGCAUUUGAUCAACAAUUAUUUGCACUUACUGAUGCCUACCUCAAAUGGAGCUAUGGCUGUGCCCAGCACAGGUUUAAGGACUUCAUGGAGGUCCAUAGGAAUGCUCAAUCACAGUCAGACCCUAACUCAGGUGUUUGGGAUGUCCAAGUGGUUGAUAUUUUUUGUAAGUUUCAUUUCCGGACUACUUCCAUUGGCUAA